AUGUCGAACCAGAACGGUGCCAACCACCGUGGCCUUGUGUCGCAGGUCCCAAUUCCCAUAUUCGACAAGCUGGUGGCCAAGUCAGACAUCAAGAUGUCUGCGACCGAGCUCAUCGGCAACACGCCGCUUGUGCGCCUCAACAAGAUCCCCCAGUCCCUCGGCAUCGAGUGCGAGGUCUACGCCAAAGUUGAGCUGUUCAACGCCGGCGGCAGUGUCAAGGACAGGAUAGCCCUUCGCAUGAUCGAGGAGGCUGAAAAGAGCGGACGUAUCAAGCCUGGUGACACUCUCAUUGAGCCUACCAGUGGCAACACUGGUAUUGGUCUCGCUUUGGUUGGCGCUAUCAAGGGCUACAAGACCAUCAUCACCCUUCCCGAGAAGAUGUCCGCCGAGAAGGUGUCUGUCCUCCGCGCCCUCGGUGCCACCAUCAUUCGCACACCCACCCAGGCUGCGUGGGACAGCCCCGAAAGCCACAUCGGUGUUGCGCGCCGUCUGCUCAAGGAGAUCCCCAACUCCCACAUUCUCGACCAGUAUACCAACGUCGACAACCCGCGCGCGCACGAGUUCGGCACCGCCGAGGAGAUCUGGGCUCAGACUGGCGGUAACAUCACGGCUAUUGUCGCGGGUGCUGGUACCGGUGGCACCAUCAGCGGUAUUGCCAAGGGUUUGCGCAAGCACAACAAAAACAUCAAGGUCAUUGCUGCCGAUCCCCAUGGCAGUAUCCUUGCUGUUCCCGAGUCCCUGAACGAGGAGAAGGCCAACCUGCCCUACAAGGUGGAGGGUAUUGGCUAUGACUUCAUUCCCGAUGUCUUGGACCGCGAGCUUGUGGACAAGUGGUACAAGACUGAUGACCGCGAGUCUUUCAAGCUUGCGCGCCGUCUGAUCGCCGAGGAGGGCUUGUUGGUCGGUGGCAGCUCUGGCAGCGCCAUGGCGGCCAUGCUCAAGGCUGUCAAGGACUUUGGCUUCAAGAAGGGUGACGUUGUCGUUGUCGUCCUCCCUGACAGCAUCCGCUCCUACCUCUCCAAGUUCGCCGACGAUGACUGGCUUGCGGCCAACGACCUUCUCCCCAACGACGACACCAACGUCAGCGGCGGCGAUGCCGCUUCCGCUACUCCCCACACCCCCAGCCAGAACGACCCCUACGGCGGUGCCACCGUCCGCGCCCUUCGCCUUAAGCCCGUCUCUUCGGUCCUUGCUGACAGCCCAUGCACCGAGGCCAUCGAGAUGAUGCGCGACAAGGGUUUUGAUCAGCUCCCCGUCCUCACUCCUACUGGUGGCAAGCUCGCUGGUCUUGUUACUCUUGGCAACAUGCUCAGCUACAUCUCCAAGGGCCGCGUCUCGCCCAAGUGCCCCGUCAGCGACGUCAUGUUCAACUUCAAGCGCAUCGAUGAGGUUGUCACUGAUCCCCGCGAGUUUGGUUCCGAGCUCAAGAACAAGAAGCGCAAGUUUGUGGAGAUUACCAUGGACACUCCUUUGUCGGCGCUCAGCAGAUUCCUCGAGUGGAACAGCGCGGCUAUCGUCACGGAGAAGGCCGAGGACGGAUCCAAGCCUGUUGCCGUCGUCACCAAGGUGGAUCUGCUGACCUACAUGGUCAAGCACAAGUAG